AUGUCAUCGUACGAUACAGUUACUGGGGAACAAAUUCACGCAAGUAUUGAAGAGAAUAAUAGCAAUGAUGAAAACAGUAACUUUUCUACAAUAAAGACUACAACAACAAUUUCAGCUAUUUCACCUCAACAAGAAUUAUCGUCAACAAUAUCAUCUUCGUCAUUAGUCAAUCAUCUACUUCAUAUUCAUAAUCUAAUAGAUAAAUCAAUAGUUGAUGAUAAUAUGGAACAUAGUUUACAUUUUCUAAUAUCGAUACUGAACGAUAAUUCUGCUGUAUCUGUUAUAUCAUCAAAUUUGAAUUUAAUAUUAGGCGUGUUAACGUUAUUAAACAACUUGCUUACAGAUAGAACAGCAUAUUCUAUAAGACAAUUAAUUUAUUCAUUAAAUGGUCAUCCAAGAUUAAAACAAAUACAAAUGAUAGACCAAGAAGGAAAUGAAGAUAUUGAUGAUAAUGAUCAAACUGAAGAACAACUAACAUCUUUACCAUUACCACAAAGAACUUUGUCGUAUUUAACUAUCAAUAAUAUCUCGGAUCCGAUGAAAUUAGAACAGACUCCACCAUUACCUCCUCAGUUUCGUUCAGUUCCGCCACCUCUACCUCCUCCACCAGUUCAACCUUUUUACACAUCUUUUUCUACACCACCACCGCUAAUGAAUUUUGUACAACCAAAUUAUCAACAACAACAACAACAUCAACAACAGAGAGCACAUGUUCCACGACAGCCACAUUUUUAUAAUGAUAAUUAUCGAUCACCAUUUCCUCCAACGAAAAUAUAUCGUCAUUUUUAA